AUGGAUGAAGAGAAAACUGUGAAUGAAGAUGAAUUUAAGAAGUAUUGUAAGGAUGUAGCCACCACAAAACUUUGGGGUGGUCAGUUGGAAUUAAAGGCUCUAUCAAAUAUUCUCUCUUGUCCUAUAAAAGUUAUCCAAGCAAGUGGACCUCCAACAAUUCAAGGGGAAGGGCUUGAUGGGCCAGAAUUAAUUUUGACUUAUCACAGGUUUUUGUAUAGACUGGGUGAGCACUAUAAUUCUACUGAACAGGGGGGACCAAAACAGGAUGAUGAUGAUGAAGAUGAAUGUUAA